AUGCCCUCCAUCACACAAGUAGUCUUGAUCGUCUCCUUUUUUGUAAUUGCUGAAUCGCAUAAUUGUGGCGAAGGCUCCUUCUGCCCAGACUCAGCGACUUGCUGUCGGCUGCCGAACGGUGAAUGGGGUUGCUGCCCUUUUCCAAAUGCAGUCUGCUGUGAUGAUCAUAUCCACUGCUGUCCUCAUGAUACAAAGUGCGAUCCACAAGGAUCUCAGUGCACUCGAACAAAUGGUGAAGUGUUUUCAUCAGGAAGGAAGUCCAAAGCCCAAGAAAUCACGGAAGAAGAUGAAAUCAUUUGUCCUGAUCGACGGAGCAAAUGCCCAACAGGAAGCACGUGCUGUAUGCUCGUGAGUGGAAGGUACGGAUGCUGUCCAGUAGAAGAAGCGAACUGCUGUGCUGAUCACCUUCACUGCUGUCCAAGUGGCUUCACUUGCGACACAUCUGGGCAACGGUGUAUCCAGAACAAGGUGAAAUUCAACAGUCAUCUU